UGUUAUGGCCGGGUUUACCUGCGCGCUCCUGAUCAACUUAACCAUUUAAGCUAACCUCCUGUGUAUUGUACCCCUGUUGUACACAUGCUGUGCCGCUGGUAGUUGUAUUGUGACGGGCUGAGUGAUCGCAGGAAGCUGCGGCUCAUCUAUCAGCUGCUGAUGGAGCACAUCCGACUACCAAAGGUGGAGAAUGUCAGGCUGCUUGACAGAGUCUCCCCCAGAAGGAGAAGGGUGGGCACCCUCUACCUGACGGCCACGCACACCAUCUUUGUGGAGAACGAGGCUGGAGUGCGCAAUGAAACCUGGGUGCUUCACAGCUUGGUGUGCAGUGUGGAGAAACAGUCUGCCACAGCGUCGGGCUGUCCUCUGAUCAUCCACUGCAAGAACUUCCAGGUUCUUCACUUUGUCAUACCUCGAGAGCGGGAGUGCCAGGAUGUUCACCUGUCCCUGCAGCGCCUCUCCCAACCAGAGAGUUACGAGGAGCUGUAUUGCUUCUCCUAUAAGCCUAACAUUGACGAGGAGGAGAGACGGCAGGAAUGGGACUUCUUGGACCUCAUGGCUGAUUACAGCAGAAUGGGACUUCCAAACUCCCUGUGGAAACUCUCCCCUGUCAACCAACACUACAAGGUGAGUGACACUUACCCCGCUGACCUCUUUGUGCCCGAGUCUGCCACACCUCCGGUCAUAGUGGGGAGCUCCAAGUUCAGAAGCCGGGGCAGAUUUCCUACUCUGUCGUACUACUCCAAAGAAAAUCAUGCUGCCAUCUGCCGCAGCAGCCAGCCCCUGUCAGGUUUCAGCGCUCGCUGCCUGGAGGAUGAACAGAUGCUGGAGGCCAUCCUGAGGUCCAAUCCCCGCAGCGACUUCAUGUAUGUGGUGGACACGAGGCCUAAGCUGAAUGCCAUCGCGAACCGAGCUGCAGGAAAGGGCUACGAAAACGAAGACAACUACUCCAACAUUAAAUUCCAGUUCAUCGGCAUCGAGAACAUCCAUGUCAUGAGAAACAGCCAACAAAAAAUGCUGGAAGUGUGUGAGCUGCGUUCCCCCUCCAUGUCCGACUUCCUGGAAGGUCUGGAGAACUCAGGCUGGCUGAAGCACAUCAAAGCUGUUGUGGAUGCAGGCAUCUUCAUCGCUAAGGCUGUUGCUGAGGAGGGUGUCAGUGUCCUGGUUCACUGCUCAGACGGGUGGGACCGCACUGCCCAGGUGUGUUCAGUGGCCUGUGUGCUGCUGGAUCCUCACUACAGGACCCUCAGGGGACUCAUGGUUCUCAUCGAGAAAGACUGGGUCUCAUUUGGGCACAAGUUCUCUCACAGAUGCAACCACCAGGUCGGAGACCCUAAAGAGGUAUCUCCCAUCAUCGAUCAGUUGCUGGAGUGCGUGUGGCAGCUCAUGGAGCAGUUCCCCUGUGCCUUUGAGUUCAACGAGAGGUUCCUCAUCACCAUUCACAGCCACAUCUACUCCUGCCAGUACGGCAACUUCAUUGGCAACAACCAGCGGGAGAGGAUGGAGCUGGGACUGCGUGACAGGACUCACUCUUUGUGGAGUUAUCUGUGGACGAACCAGGCAGACUACAUCAACCCUCUGUACCGACCAGACCACAGCCAGACGCAGGGGCUCCUCCGGCCAUCUACCGCCCCCUACUGCUUUAAGUUUUGGAGAGGACUGUACAACCGUUUUGACCGGGGGAUGCAUCCUCGACAGUCUGUGGAGGAUUAUCUGAGCGCCAUCCAAGAGGAGACCCAGCAGCUGGAGGACCAGCUGGCUUCACACAAACAGAAAAUUGCUCAACUGGAGCAGGAGCAGGGGUGGAGGAGUGCUAACCAGAAAGAAGCCACCUUUGAUAAGAGCCCCACAGCGUGGGCUCGCGGUAAUGACCUCGGUCUGGCCAACACCCCUCAGGACUACACCGGGGGCUUUAUCACCAGCAGCCCCUGUCAGCCCAAAGCGCCCGACAGCACCCUGAUCCUCCUGCCCAAGGACUUGAAUCAGUCGUCUGAAACCAGCCUCUCAAACGGCAGCGACCAGGAGUCGGGGAUCGCGGACCUGAGCUGCCGUUCGCCCCUCAGCGAGGACAGCGCCAGGGAUCCGGACUCUGAUGAGGCUGCCUACUCAGCUGCCUGAACAAAUGUAGCAUUAGUGGAAGGUCCACUGGGCCACUGAACAAACCUACACAUUCACCCAGUAACCCAGCUGGUGGCUUACUCCAGUGAAAAGUCUUAGUGGGGUUACACACUUGAUUUGCACUUUUCUUUGCCUGUGGUGUGGAGGACUCUCCCCAUUGCCACACACAUAGUAGUUAAUAGUUGUUUACUGUAGCUGAUCAUGUUUUUCUUCUUACAGGGGCUGAAAGAAAUUAAGAUUCUAAAAGUAAUAGCAAAGCUGAGGUUUGCUCACUGUCAUGUCUGUUGUCGACGGCCGAAUUAACCAAUGAGAAACAUGCAGAGGGUUAAAACAUGGGGCACUGCUUCCUGGGUCACAGUAACCAGAUUGAUGUUGGAGACAUUUUAAUCAUUUCAACCACAAAGUUAAGAAUAAUUGAACAAUUCAAUGCACAUGUCCACAGAUGGUCAACUCAUCAAAUUAAUGAAUCAUUUCGGUGUGUAUGCUUGCUUUUUACUCAAGUCUUCCACACUUUAUUUACUCAUCAAGCAUUGGCUUUGCAAUGUAAGCACCGUAUGAGAAAGGGCAUGAGGUAGUCAGCAGCACUUUGUUAUAUAGUUCUUAAAGCAUAAUGAAACAAACGAGAGAUCUCCUCAGAGGGAAAACCAUCAUUUUAGGUGCUCUGGUCUUUAAGACAGCAAAAUAAUUGAUUAGAGAAAUGAAAACAGAACUAAACAGAUCAGAAAACAGACAAACUGCAGAGAUUAAAAAAAAAACCCAGCUGACUCAUCAACAAGGAUAUGUGUGCAGAAUAUAGACUGUUGCCACAUGCUGCUAA